AUGGAAGCAGCCUGCACUUCUAAGAGUCCUGAGGAAUUAACCAACCAGCCAACUGUAGACAUGGAAGCAGCCAGCACUCCUAAGAGUCCUGUGGAAUUAACCAAGCAGGCAGCAUAUGGUCUAGUAGGAUUGUCCUAUCUUUCAGCACCAUUUAAACUGCAUUCAAAGAGGUCUUUAAAGCCUAGGAGAUUAUCAUUUCCAGCAGCAGAUAUGAAAACUGAGUGUGGAAAGAAAGAGCUUGGGCAGUUCGGGAAAAAAGGCUCUGUUUCAGCAAGGAGCUUACUGGUGGCUGUGUUUACAGCCGGACAAGAUCCAGACCCUGAAACCACAUUUCUGGCAAAUUCUAGUGAACUCUUAGAGUGUGAUUGCGGGUGUAAUAUGAAGAUGCAGUUCCUAAAAGCCGAAGAACUCAUGAAACCUGUAGAGUUUGUGGAGGGUGGUGUCCUUUUUCGGCCCUCGGAGGAAAUGGAUGAUAAAGAAAAUGUGCUGCCAGAAGAAUUAAUUGAAGACAUGGAGCAUGGGGGACCCCAGGAAGAUGUGCAGCCUGAUGGUGAUUAUGACAAUCCACACAUCAAGAGUUCACCGACUGUUAAUAUUUGCUGCAUUUCACAUGUCCUCAGCCUGAACCCUGAAAGCAGGUUUUUGUACCAAUAA